AUGUUCUUGGUAGGACUGACAGGUGGGAUUGCAUCAGGAAAAAGUACUGUGGUUGCUAUGCUACAGGAGCUGGGCUGUGCGGUGAUUGAUGCGGAUGUUAUAGCCCGACAAGUUGUCCAGCCAGGCUUCCUGGCCUACCAGCGUAUCGUGCAGGCCUUUGGUCCUGAAAUCCUCAUGGAGAGUGGCGAAAUCAAUCGUGAAGCUCUGGGGAGCAUAGUUUUCUCCCUGCCAGAGAAACGGCAGCUGCUAAAUUCCAUCACUCACCCUGAGAUCCAGAAGGAGAUGUUGAAACAAAUUUUGAAAUACUUUGUGCUUGGCUACAGGUAUGUGAUCCUGGAUAUCCCCCUGCUUUUCGAAACCAACUCGCUGACCAGGUUCAUGAAACUCACCGUUCUUGUGUACUGCGACCCACAAACCCAGCUGUCUCGCCUGAUGCGCAGGAACGGGCUGACUCAAGCGGAGGCGGAAGCACGGAUCGCCACCCAGCUGCCCCUUGACCAGAAAGUCAAGCUGGCCGACCAUGUAAUUGACAACUCGGGCAGCGAGGAAGCCACCCAGAGGCAGGUCCUGAAGCUACACUCGUCACUGGAGGACUCUUUGGACUUCCUUUGGGUGCGCUUCAUGGCCGUCACAGCCGUGGUUGGGGUCGGUGGCCUCGUGUGUUUCCUGCUGCAGCGGCUUGUGUCUUAA